CUCUGUGAACCAACCCUGUGAAUAGCCUGUGGCAGCAAAGUAGACAGCAGCCAGAGAGAGUGGGACAACAAAAACAGAAAUAGUGAGUCAAGUUACUUUAGAGGGCCUAUCCGACUUAUUCAAAAACCUUUCCAAAACCGCUUUCCUCUUGGAGGGGCAAGUAAGUUAAAAUGUCCCAAAGCAGCUUUGUCUUCACAGCCACAGCUUUGCGUUCUCUUGAACUUGACAAGGACAUGCUGGAGAGGUACAAAUACAAGACACAGCGUGCCUCCUAUCAUGUCAGUAGCUAUUUGCUGAAGAAGGAAGCCAUGAACAGAGCACCACUGAGGUCCAGCAUUGCCCGGAAACCAGCUAUCUGUCAAGAUGUGGUCAUCCAAAAUGCUUUGUAUACAGGAGACCUUGAAGCUAUGCAGCGCCUUUUUCCUAGAGGAUCCACAACAAACCUUGUUAUUGAGCCGCAAGGAGGGGAAAUGCGCUGGGUUACCCGAGGGGAAGGACUAUGGUCGCUGACUUACGAGCAAGAGCUGACGACGCCACUUCACAUCACAGCUGGGCGAGGUUUUGAAGAUUGUCUGAGUCUCCUGCUGCAACGUGGAGCAAAUGUAGACCUAGCACCCGGUGGCACCACUGCCCUCCACGAGUCCUGUGAGAACUGCCAGCCAGAGUGUACCAAGCUGCUGCUGCUCCACGGUGCAAAUGCCAGUGCUGUGUCAGAAGAAGGUCUCAUGCCUUUGCAUGUUUGCACAAGCCCUGAAUCCCUGGAAUGUGCCAAAUAUCUUCUCCAGUAUGGGGCUCCAAUCAACGGCUGCAGUGUGGAUGAAGUUGACACUCCCUUACAUGUUGCAGCCCGGAACGGCCUCCCAGACCACACCGAGCUCUAUCUGCGUUAUGGAGCUGCUGUGAACAAACAAAACUGUGAGGGCUUCACGCCCCUGAAUGCAGCUUGUGCGCAACCUCAGGAGAAGCAGGACCUUGGGCGUUACUUCAAGGUGUGCCAGAUGUUGCUGGGGGCAGGGGCAAACAUCCAUACUGUCGACCAGGACAGACAUGCACCUUUGCACAUGGCCUGCAAGAACGUAAAUCCAGAUAUAGUGGAUCUGCUGCUGGCUAAUGGUGCGUAUGUUAACGACAUGGACUACGGUGGUGAAGCUCCCAUGCACAACAUCCUGAAGGUAGUCUGCUACAAGAUUUCCCACCAACCCGAGAGGAUUGUCCGUGCUCUGCUAAACCACGGCUCAAUUCGAGUGUGGCCAGGCGCUCUUCCCAAGGUUUUGAAGCACUGCUCACAAUCUCCUCGCACCAUCGAGGUUCUCCUGAAUGCCUACAGUUGCCUCAAAGUCACGGACACCUGGGUUGAGUCUGUGCCUGCAGAGAUGUUAAAGGAGCACAAAGAAUUCUAUGAGUCAGUGUUUUGUCUGGAAAGGACUCCGCGCUCCUUGCAACAUUUUGCACGCUGCCGUCUCAGGAACUUCCUGGAGGGCCGGCUGACCGAAGUGGUCCCAAAACUCGAUGUCCCCACCUUCAUCAAGAACUACCUGCUCCUGGACUACAGAGGAUAUAUCCAUUAGAGACUGAACUGGACAGGACUGCUAAACGUCAGUAAAAUGAACAAAUAAAUCAAAUUCAAGUUUAGGUUUUUUUCAAUAAUUAAUUAAAAGCAUAUUAUUAUCAGGACCUGCCACUUUGAAUGGCUGUCAGUGUUGUAUCACGCUGAUAUGCAAAUGAUUUUUCACCACAAGAGGGAGCUAUAGACAGGAAAAGAAAGGCCACACAGUGGAUAUGCAAUUUUGUUGUCUUUUUUAUUUAUUUUUACGUCUGCACUUGUUGUUACACACUUGCUUUAAAAAUGUAUUCUAUUGUAACCGUCAUAGUUGUAUGUUAAUCUGCGCAAAAAUGAUGUGUUCUACACUGAGUAUUGAAACGUAGGCCUAUAGUUGCAUAAAUAGUUGCACUGAUACAGAUGAUUGUAGAGAAUUUACAUCAAAAUUGGGCUGGAUUCGUAUAAAAAUAAAAUACAUCACCAAGACAGUAAUCUCGUUCUUCUUCCGUGAUUAUUUCCCAUUUUUGUGAUGUUUCUAUCUUCUUCUUUUUUUUAAAUUGUUUACUUUCUCAAAAUUUUACUGUGAAAAUGGGCUACAAAGGGAAGGGAAAACAGCAUUAAAGUUGGCAA